CCGGGUCAUUGUGUAAGAUAAUUUUUUAAUUUUCCUCCACGUUCUGUGCCUUCGUUUGCUGUGCUCUCAUUGGAGUUCUUAAGUAACAACGUGGCACAACACGUAAAAUUUUACGGAAAUUACUUCUUGAUUAAAGAUUUCAUCAUUCAAAGACAAACAUGAAUGACGAAGUUUUCGUUACACGCUCACGAGGAGCAGCUGCCGAGGGAGUGAAGGACCAAUAUGCAGAUGGGAAAGCUGCGAGGGUCUGGAGUAUGUACAUCGGUGACAAGAAAAAGCGAACACAGAAUUACAAAGAUUUUCUUGUCGGAAUUUUAAGGGAAAGAGGAUGCAAGAGGAUACUUGAUGUUGCUUGUGGUACGGGGGUUGACUCUGUGAUGCUUUUAGAGGAGGGGUUCGAGGUCGUCAGCGUCGAUGCCUCCGACAAGAUGUUGAAAUAUGCGCUAAAAUCGAGAUGGGAACGGAGAAAAGAACGUGCAUUCGACAAUUGGGUGAUUGAAGAGGCGAAUUGGUUAACGUUGACUGAUGACAUUGCGGACAUAAUUGGGGAUGGAUUUGAUGCCGUCAUAUGUUUGGGUAACAGCUUCGCCCACAUGCCUGAUAAUUUCGGAGAUCAAAGGGAACAGAAACAGGCUCUGAGGAACUUCGAGCAAUGUGUAAAGCCCGGUGGACUAUUACUCAUUGAUCAUCGGAAUUAUGAUCACAUCAUUAGCAGUGGAGGGACUCAGAUUAAGUGCAUUUACUACAGUAAUGAACACAUAACAGACAUCAAAACCUCCGUGCUGUUCGUCGCUGGAAAGCCCCAGACAGUUAUCAUGGAUUAUAUGGUAACAUUAGACAGUGGCAAAGACAACACGAGUGAUUUUCGUCUGUCCUAUUAUCCCCACCUCCUUGAGGUUUUCCACAAAAUGCUGGCAGAAACAUUUGGGCCGAAUGCUAAGCACGAUAUUUACGCUGACUUUAUGCCCCUCGAGAUGAAUUCCACUCCAGGAUUUUACAUUCACAUGUUAGAAAAAAGUAUGUGAGCUCUAAUUUUCGAGUUUCGAAAAAUCAUUGAUAGGCAUGCGAAGGGAUUUUCCAAAAUAAGACUGAUGAAAUCUCAAGUGUUCACAACUUUAAUAAUGAAUAAAAACCAUGAAAGUGAAGAGCACGAAUUUAUUCAAAAUAAAAAUAAAAAACAACAGGUACCAAUGUCCAUGACCUGUUGUUUGCUCCAAUAAACUUGUUUUCUGCCUCUAUCUUGUUGAUAAUGAGAAGCACUGAAGGAAUACUUCGUUUUAUACUAUCUAGGGAAUAAUUCAGUGGGAAGAAAUCCAUUGUUAUCGAUAAUUUUCAUUUCGGUUUCAUGUUUUAUUUAGAUACGUACGGUAAACGUACAUAAACUUGAUUUUUAGAGUAUUUUGUAUAAAUAGUAAAUAUACACGUUGGAAAGCCAAGACUAGAAGGUUUUCAUUUUGUUUCUUAAUAUCACUCCAUCUUUUCCUCCUUUCGUAGACAUAUAAGCUAAGGGGUUUUCUACUGUACUCCCCUCAUUUCUUUCAUUGAUUUAUUUAUUUGUUUGGAAAUAGAAAUGAUAUAAUUGUUUCUAUUUAGUGUGAAGAGAGUAAUCGUGGAGAUGAAAAAUUUGGAAUCAAGAAUCCCAUCUACUGAGUCAUUAUGGAAUUGUCUCGUUAAUGAGUGAUUCCCGAGGAAACAAUCAUAAGCUCAUCUUUAUGAGGCAUUUUGUUGCUUACAAAAAAGGCACCUCGUGAUGUUUCCUCAAAACCACUGAUUCACGAGAUGAAAUUCAUAAUUGACGGAGAUAUCAUUUGAAUCAAAUCAAUUUUUCUCCUACGAACCCAUAGAACAUAACAAAAUUGAUUUACAUUAUUUUCCUAAAUGAAAUGAAAGUAUAAGUUAAUAACGAUAAUUUUCGACCUCGUCCGAUGUCCCACAGCCGAAGUAAAAAAAUGGACGAAGUGUAAUAAGUUGUAGCAAAGUUCUCUACACUCCUUUCCUUUCAUAUUCUCUCUAUUUCUCACUAAAUUCUCCUCAAUAAUUAAUGUAAUUCCUAUUAGACCCGUUUCGUCACAUUUUCUUUCAAUGUCAGUUAAUAAUCAAUAAAACAACCCAAUCAUUUUG